AGUUUUUGGUUUACUUGAUGUGCACACCAUACGCUAUGAUUGUGGCUCCCUUGCUGUUCGUAUUACACACAUCACUUUUUUGGCUUGUAAUCAAAAGCGGAAAUUUCAUAAAAGGUAGGAUAUACUCUUUUGUCUGCCGCAGAGUGAUUGGCUAAUGUUACACAAAAGUGGUGGGCGCCAAAAGAAGCACGUGCUGUACCACUCCUACUUCUUCGCCCCUGUGCUGAUUUCAUUCGAUUCUCUAACGAAAGCAGUGACAGGUUUUGUGUGCAUGUGUUCUCAGAGAUAGCACGUGAUUCUAGUCAACAAACUCUUUUCAUCUAAUGGCCUGCCACAGUGUUUUGGUAGCCAUCAUCACUGCUUAUCUUUCAGCCAUCGCCUAUGGGACACCUAUCGAUACCCCCCCAAACAAUAGUCUAGUGAUACUUCAAAAUGAAGAAUCUAUUACCCCAGAAUCUAUUGACCCUUCAGAUCCUCCUACCACAAGUUUUACGAAGGUCAGCACCUUAACUUUGAAUUUUUCCAGCCAGUUGCCCACGAGCACUAAUAGUCCAGAGGAUGAAUUAACAGCUGACGAGGAUAAACUGACGUCUGUUAAUGAUGCUGCCAAUAUUAAUGACGCGCAAACUAGUACCGAAAGAAAUGCGAAAAAUUCUACAAUCAGCACGUCUUCCACUUCGAUUAGCACAUCUUCUCUCAUCAGCACCACAACUUCUACCGGAACGACUUUGCCACCUCAGAAUCAUGAAUUAAAUUUUACCGCAGUAUGGCAAACCGACGAGGAUAGUUUAGACUAUAUCAUGGUGUUGUGGUCUGAGGAAAGUAACGUAAAUGCUACGCGACCAGUUAAUUGGAAGCUGCUUGUGUCAAGGGAAUCGGAAAAUGAGUCAAUAAUUAUUCGUAGCAGUUGUUCUUGGCAUAACAACUCGAGACAUCAUCAAGUGAAACUAGAGAAGGAAUCACUGAUUGAUUACCGUGUUUCCUGCAAUGAUAACAGUCGGCACGAAGAUUUAGUAUUUAAAAUCCGGUCUUGCUUAUCGUACGAUCUGCUUCUCUUUGCGCACCCCGGCAAAGAUCACCCAAUCGGAAGGACUAAACUCAAACCUCUCAUAAAAUGGCCAUCCAAGAUUGAAUCGUCGUACAAUGCAAUCGAUAAAAAGAUAGUGAUCCAUUGGGAAUCACCUUACAAGAAUAUGACUUGCAGCCUGAAAUAUCGCUAUAAUUUAUUUGUCGAUCGAGUUGGCAAUAUCAGCGAAACAACAGAAGAUAGCCGUAUUGAACAUCCGGCCGAGUUAUGCACAAAUUACUCCAUUUCUGUUUGGAGCAUCGUUAUUGAUGGUAGCCAUAAAACAAUUUCUGAUCAGCCGAUUCGUCACGCCAACAGGACGGAAAACCAAGAUUUAGAUAUGACUGCCAUGGCCGUCAAUGCGCAAGCUAUCAACAAAACAUGUCUUAUUGUUAGCUGGUCGCAAAAUGACAAUUACCGUUAUAUUGUCGGCUGUGCCUCUUUACGGAUUCUUUUGGAGCCUCCUUCGGAGGAGGAACAAGAUUCGUCGAUCCUAACCAAUGAUAAACAAAAAGAAAAAAUGUUUUGUCAUUUGCGACCUGCGACACAGUACAACGUGCGAAUCGAAUUUACAGAUCAUCAAGGCACACGCAAAUACUCUCCGUACGCUAGCGGGUCUACUCCCAGCGAGUACGACACAGUUACCGUGGGACUCAUCGUAUUAUCCUCUAUUCUUGUUCUGCUUCUUCUUGGCGUUUCUCUAUACUGCGUCCUACCAUGGUUUACAAGACAUCGCAGAAGGUCGAAUGGUGACAAUCAAUCUGUGCGCUUGAAAUCAUCUUUCUUCGGAAACAUGGGUCGGCGUCGCUCACAUCCCAUAAAGCUACGCAAUCUGAAUGCCGUCACUCAGCGUCUCUGCUCAUCGGCUGGCCACCUCUUGGAAAUGGAAUUCGAAGAUUUGGUUAUCAUCGCUGACGCCCGUCGUCCCAAGGACAGUCCAAUAGCCCUUCUGCAAGAAAACACGAUAAAAAAUCGCUACGUCAACAUCUUGCCUUACGAGCACAAUUGCGUCUCCCUAAGUUUGUUACCAGACUCGACUAAUUCCAACUACAUCAAUGCUUCGUACAUCAUGGGUUUCAACGAUCCAAGGGAGUACAUCGCCACACAAGGACCAAAAAUCUGCACAAUCGAAGACUUCUGGAGAAUGGUGUGGGAACAGAAUGUUCAUAUUAUCAUUAUGGUAACAAGCCUUGAAGAAAGAGGAAAGCCAAAAUGCGAUCGGUACUGGCCAGAGGACGCAGCAAACCCGCUCACUUUCGAAAGUCUUUCCGUUUCCCAGUUAAAUGAAACGGAUUUUGAAAGCUACACUCUCCGCAGUUUCAAAGUGGAACGAAAUGGAAAAUCUCGAACGGUGAAACAAGCCUACUUAAAAGGAUGGCCCGAUUUUGGUGUCCCAAAUAAUCCUGAAAUUCUGAUUCGAUUUAUUGAAGUUGUUCGAAUCCUGGUAAAUGAGACUUCGCAAGCAUCCAGUUCCCUUCAACCCAUUGUCGUACAUUGCAGCGCUGGUGUUGGUCGAACUGGAACUUUUAUCGCUGUCGACUGGUUGAUGCAGGAGGCUCGGGUAGAGAAAGAAAUUGAUAUCUUCUCUACUAUUUUACGGAUGAGAGAGUGCCGUUUAAAUAUGGUCCAAAGCGAGGAGCAAUACGAAUACAUCUAUCGAUGUAUGUCUCAUUUCGUAAACACUAGACUCUUCGCUGCUGUAGGGCAUCCGAGCGAUGCAGCAACUCUCUUGACUAAUGGAAAUAAUCCAUUGCUGAACGAACUAGAGUGAGCACCGGAAGACCUCGACGCAGCAACAUAUUGAUUUAUCUGAAAUUUUCUGUACAUUAUAUUUUAUCAAAAAAAAAAUUCUUCACAACUAGCUUUAAUACAUAUAUUUUAAGU